AGGUGACAUCACAGUGCGAGGAGUGCCAGGAUCUGCCAUCAUGGUUUUCACCCGCCCACCCUCGGUUCCGUACCCCAACGUGUGGAGACGGUUCACGGUCCAGCGAGGCAGUUCCAUCAUCCACCUACGAGUCCAAGACCUGACAGAGGAUCUGUUCGAAGCCAGCAUCCAACUUCUGCUGAAGUACUUCACGAAGGACGAGCCGCCUUGCAAGUACAUCGGCAUCCACAACUACCCGUCCGCGGUAUCGGAACUAGAGAAACUCUGGCGGACCACAGUCAAAGACAACUUGUCUCUGGUCUGCGUUGAAGACAAGGAAGGGGCAUCCGAGGUGGUGGGGGUGAAUGUGCUGACUGUGGUCUGUAAGGGCGAUAAGGAGGAACCUUUUCAUACAGAAGACCGGGUCUGGGCGAAGCUGUUCGGCGCUGUCGACCUGGUCUCCCGCAGCGUGGAUAUAUUCACCCACUUUGGAGUCGACAAGUAUCUGACCGCGUAUGGCCUGGUGGUGCCUCCGGAAUGGCGAGGGCUGAAGGUGGGACAGCAGUUAUUGGAGUCCAGGGUCCCCUUCUGCAAAUCCCUCGGCAUCAAAGUCACAGUGACAGUGUUCACCGCUGCAGCGUCCCAAGCUGUGGCCAAGAAGGCAAACUUCGUCGACCUUUACGAGAUCACCUACGAGGAGUUGGGAAAGAAGGGAUUCCUGUUUCCCGGGGUUGAAGAGGAUACUAAGUCUUCAAAGCUGAUGGCGCUUGUUAUUGAUUGAACGAACUCAGAUUUUGCUAAAAAUUAUGCCUUUUUUGGUGCUUUUUUCACUGGCAUAGUUACAGUAGAUGGGAAAGCAUUUUAGAAAUGGAAUUAUCAUUUUAUACGUGUAUUUAUUGCAAUAUUAGUAGUUAUUAAUAUUUAAAUAAUAUACGCUUAUUAGUAUUUAUGUGUGUG